UAAACAUGGCUAACGAGAACUGUGAUGUCAUAAGCACCCGGAUGUAAUUCAGGCCAGAAAGAUGGCAGCUGCUAUGUUAAGGUCGCUGUCUAAAUUAAAAUGCCCUUCAACCGCAAUUUUAACUACAAAUGUUGUAAAAUCAUCGAGUUCUUUGCUGCUGAACAGGCAGAAACAGUGGCAGCCAGAUGUUGAAUGGACAGAACAAUAUGCAGGAGCUGUUAUGUACCCCACUGCUGUCACUGAAAAGUGGAACCCACCUCCCUGGAAUGAUAAGGAUCCUCCAGCUGAGAAGACAGUUUCCAAUUUAACAAUUAACUUUGGACCUCAGCACCCAGCAGCUCACGGGGUACUCCGGUUGGUCCUUGAGCUUAGUGGAGAAUCAGUUAAAAAAUGUGACCCACACAUUGGUUUGUUGCAUCGUGGGACAGAAAAACUUAUUGAAUAUAAAACAUACUUGCAGGCACUGCCUUAUUUUGACCGGCUUGACUAUGUAUCCAUGAUGUGUAAUGAACAGGCCUAUUCCCUGGCUGUGGAGAAGCUGCUUAACAUUCAGCCACCACCCCGUGCACAAUGGAUUAGAGUCUUAUUUGGUGAGCUCACACGAAUAUUAAAUCACAUCAUGGCAAUCACCACCCAUGCUUUGGAUAUUGGAGCAAUGACACCUUUUUUCUGGAUGUUUGAAGAGAGAGAAAAGAUGUUUGAGUUUUAUGAGAGGGUGUCAGGAGCUCGAAUGCAUGCUGCCUAUGUCAGGCCUGGUGGAGUUCAUCAGCAGUAA